AUGUUGAUUCCCAACUUAUUUGCCGCUGCGGCGAUUCUUUCCACUUUAGCUGCUGCUGUUCCUCUUCCGGCAAAUGAUGCUGUUCCGUCUCCGCUCUCAGAAAGAACAGCACCGCCAACGAUAGCAACGGAAGCCGUCGACGAGGCUCUUCACCUCUCGAAGAGAAACUCGAACAGCCUACUGAACAAAGGCUUCAGGUUCCCAUGGGAAAAGCCGGAACCAGAAACGCCAUGGCCAGUGCCAAAUAUUUUACCCAAGUAUGGGCCAGAAGAAGGACCGCUCGGCAGACCGCUCCCACUAGAUGCUAGGCCACCAAGCCCCUGGAAUUUGGAAGACUAUCCCCCGAAAAAGAAGUACGCUCCAGGAUUGGGGCUGGGAUUACCAACAAACGCGCCAGCUCUUCCGCCUCUUCCUGUUAAGGCUGCACCUCUUACCAAGAGAACCGGAGCCGUUGACGAAGAUGAUACCGAAACUCUGUCUGCGCGUAAUGUUAAUCUGCUAGGAGCUGUUACCGCUCUAAAAAAGGGAGCCUUCUCAAAAAAACCACCAAAACCACCAAAAGUACCAACGCCUCAGUGGAACCCUCGGCCUCGUCCACAUGGAGGGUACAUUCAGGUUAAGAACAAGGGACCUAAUAGGCAGUGGAACAGCGCUGGUGUUAAUGGCAAGCGAGCCGUUGUUGACGAAGAUGAUACUGAAACUCUGUUUCCACGCGGGCUAGAACUAGCCGCCGCUGCUCUAAAACAGGUAUCCUCAAAACCACCAAAAGUAACAACACCUCAGCCUAAACCUCGGCCUAAACCUCAGCCUCGUCCAUAUCGGGGGUACAUUCAGCACAAGGUUUCGGGAUCUAAUAGGCCGUGGAACAGCGCUGGUGUUAAUGGCAAGCGAGCCGUUGUCGACCAAGAUAUCAAUAAUUUCUUCGAGUAA